UCAGGAAGUGCCAUGUGAAUCUACCCUGCUGCGUCUUUAUUCGAAAUCUUAACAACCCAACACGACGCAGGCCAUGGUCUGCAUGUGUCUGUAUCACCUGUAUCCUAUGUGUCACCUGUAUCUGUAGAGGAGGGGAUCCCUGAUCCUUAGGCUCCCCCUAAGGUUUCUUCCAUUUUUCCUGGGAGUUUUGUUGUCUUUGGAGAGGCAGCUAAAUCUUUUUAUUGCGUCAUGGACGUCCAUAGACUGACGGCGAUGGCUGCUGAUCUUUGCAUGGAUGGACGGACGGCGAUGCUGUUCAGAGUGCCGUCCAUAGAGGGAGCAUAUAGCUCCUACUGUGUCUUUGAGGGCUUAGGUUGGUUUAGGUGCAGUUAUAUGGACAACGGGUGUACACAGAAGCCUUCUGUGACAUUGCUUGUAAAUAGGACUAAACGUAAGCUAAUUCAUUUGAUCAUAGCAUCAAUAUUUGCUAAUCAGAAACAUUUGAUAUAGCUGCUCCUUUGGAAUUGUAGAACACUUUCUAUGUAUUCUGCAGUGCAUCUUGUCUAGGCCUAAUAUAUGUAUUUGUUUUCAUAUACCGUCCUUGUGGGAAUAUUUGUGAAGUGAAACAAACAUUUUUAUGAACCUUCGUGUACAGUGAGGAGAAAACUCACGUGAAGAGUAAACAACGCUCGAAUUCGUCUGCAUGUAAAUAUAAAAUAAACCGUGGCUUUUAUUUUGAAGUCGUCAGAGCGACAUUGGCGCUUCAAGACACUCUUUAAACCCUCCCCAGAAGACCCACCUCUUGUAUAUGAUUGGUUUGUCAAAUUCCACUGACCAAUGGUAACAGUGUAUUGUGUGCUACCUCUUUUUGCCGCUAAAACUAAAUCUAAAUGUGUUUCGAGUCGGUCGUUUUCACGGUUUUCAUACGGGAGUAUAUUUAGUUAUGACUACUUAUAUAUCUACUUAGAUAGCCAGAGUGGAAGCCCAUAUCAAGCCGCAUCAGCAUCUACCCCAGCGAUUCAACAGUCAAAAUGGGAAUCUCCGGACUCUUGCAGUUUAUCAAAGACGCUUCAGAGCCCGUCAGUGUGAGAAAGUACAAAGGACAGACAGUGGCAGUAGACACCUAUUGCUGGCUUCACAAAGGGGCGUUUUCUUGUGCUGAAAAGCUGGCUAAAGGGGAACCAACUGACCAGUAUGUGUCCUACUGUAUGAAAUUUGUAGACAUGCUGUUGUCUUUCGGCGUAAAACCUAUCUUGGUGUUUGAUGGAUGCAAUCUGCCAUCAAAACAUGAGGUUGAGAAGUCUCGGCGAGAGCGUCGACAGGCUAAUCUUCAGAAAGGCAAGCAGUUGCUACGGGAGGGGAAGGUUUCUGAGGCCAGAGACUGUUUCACACGCUGUGUCAAUGUCACACCUUCAAUGGCACAUGACGUCAUUAAGGCCGCGAGGACUAGAGGAGUGGACUGUGUUGUGGCUCCAUAUGAGGCAGAUGCCCAGCUGGCCUUCCUUAACAAAGCGGGCAUCGCCCAGGCUGUCAUCACAGAGGACUCUGACCUGCUGGCGUUUGGCUGCAAAAAGGUCCUCCUUAAAAUGGACAAACAGGGUAAUGGGCUGGAGAUAGACCAGAGCCACCUGGGCCGCUGUCGCUCGCUGGGUGAUGUCUUCACAGAGGAGAAGUUUCGCUACAUGUGCAUCCUCUCAGGCUGUGACUACCUGGCCUCGCUGUAUGGGAUCGGCCUGGGGAAAGCCUGCAAGCUGCUGAAGAUGGCCAACAACCCAGACAUCUUGAAGGUCAUAAGGAAGAUUGGCCAGUACUUGAAGAUGAAUGUGACGGUGCCUGAUGAGUACAUCGAGGGUUUUGUGAAGGCCAACAACACCUUCCUCUACCAGCUAGUGUUUGACCCUAUCAGGAGGAAAGUUGUCCCUCUCAACCCCUACCCCGACGACAUCGACCCCUCCACCCUCAGCUAUGCUGGCCGUAACAUAGGAGAUGACAAGGGCUUGCAGAUGGCCUUGGGAAAUCUGGACCUCAACACCAUGAAACCGAUUGAUGACUUCAACCCAGACAGAGCAAAAACAAAACUGGUCAAACCUCGCAGCCGUGGAUGGAACGACAGCCGGACCCCCCAGGCCUUCAGCCACUCCAGCAUCUGGAGCCGAGGGUACAUCCCUGGUAGCAGCUGUCUGUCUGUCGCUCCACCCCUGCCUGAGGGAAGUGUUCUAGAGAGGCCUCCCUCCACCAGGGGGAAGGAGAGAGUUGUCAGUUUGAAGGGACUCAGACUGACUCACAAGGAGGCCCGGGUAAAGAGGCCCAGGGAAGACUCAAGCAUUUCAGAUGAGGAUGUGCUGCUCCAGUACUCUCCCUCCAGUCAGAAAAGACCCAGAGCAGACCUGGACCCCUGCUCCACAGACAGACCUACCUCUACUGCCACCAUAGUUGGCACAGCCCAGCCCAAACCACGUAACCGCUUUGCCACCCUGCUCCAGAGGAGGAACCAUGACGGGGAUGGACAUGGUCAAGGCACUUGCAGCAGGUUUUUCUAUAGCAGCAGCACCAGCGAGGUGGAGACCCUUUGCCAAGAGUCCUUGGGAGAGAAGGAAAAAGCAUGUGAGAUCAUGCAAAGCCCAAAUGAGGAUUCAUGUAAAACAGUAGAGCUGGACGAGAGCGACGGGCCCAGCAUACCCUCGGUCGAGACCCCCAGCCCAUCUCCUUCCCCCUCCCCCACGUCUGCCAGUCAGGGCCUGGGGGUCUUUCGGUGGUCUGGCAGUUCCUCUGAAAAAUCCCGGACCACCCCAAUAGCUGUGCUUGGCGUUGCUGCUCUUCAGAAGUUCCAUCGUAAUAAGGACACCAUCUCCUGGAGCCCGCUGGGCCAGACGGCCCCAAAGUCCCCCAGCAUGCCGUCACCCGUUCCCUUUAGUCUGCUGGAUGAGGGUCUUCCCCCGGAUUUGCCUCCUACACAGGACAGCGCUUAUUUCUCACAAACUCAGCACACUUCCUGCCAUGAUGACGAAAGUCCUUCGCCCGACUGUUUGGAGGAAGUUGUCAACCCUUUUAUGAACUCGAGUACUGAUUUGGAUUGUGGUGAGAGGCCCACUUCCUCCCCAGAGACGGUUGAUAAGAAGCCAAUCACAAUUAGACCAAAGCAGGUGGCAGGUCUACCCAGGAUGAGGCCUAGUGACCAGCAGAAGGGGACAGCCAUCCGACUGUCUGCCCCAGCCAGGGCCAGCGGCCUCAGGAAGAUACCGAAGGGGCCCAGGAAGAAAGCCAGCCCCGGCAACGAGAAUAACUCAGGGCUUCAAUCCACCAUCAGUGGUCUAUGGAAAAACUUUGGUUUCAAGAAAGAGAAUGAAAAGAUUUUGCCUUGUCAAAAAGGGGAACCCAUGUCACCAGUGAAGGACAACGUGCCAGUCCGGAUACCUGACAUGGACAGGGAUAUAUACUUUUAGCAUUGUUAUCUUUAAUCUGUAUAACAUACUGUGUAUGUGAAUGAAUUACCAUGGACAUGUGUACAUUAAUCCUAAAAUACAUACAUUUUAGUUUUAAUAAAGCAA